UUGGACUGUUUUCCAUUUUGCAAUGAAUACGGCACAAAUCUAUGACCAGGUGGGAAAUAAAAAAUAUUCAAAUCCGAAGAUAAAAACAGCCCAUAUUCUCACACUUUCUCUGUCUGAGAUUCUACACAUUUUAGAGAGAGAAAAAUAAUGGGGAAAGAGGAGGAAGCAGCGACGACGUUGUUAGAAGAAACGCUAGAAAAAGCAGGAGGAUGCGGUGUUAUUGACGGUGGUCUUGCUACUCAGCUUGAAAUUCACGGCGCUUCUUUUGACGAUCCUCUUUGGAGUGCCGUCUGCUUAAUUAAUGAUCCCAAUCUCAUCAAACGGGUUCACUUGGAAUAUUUGGAAGCUGGUUCAGACAUUUUGGUUACUUCUUCUUAUCAGGCAACCAUUCCUGGAUUUCUAUCAAGGGGUUUGUCAAUGCAAGAAGCAGAGGCAUUGCUGGAGAAGAGUGUGAGAUUAGCUAUUGAUGCCCGUGAUGAGUUCUGGAGUGCUGUUAAUAAGAAUGCAGAAAAUGGUUAUAAUAGGGCUUUGGUGGCAGCAUCUGUUGGAAGUUAUGGAGCUUAUCUUGCUGAUGGCUCAGAAUACAGUGGGAUUUACGGACAAAAUAUUGACGUGACAAAGCUAAAGGAUUUCCAUAGGCGAAGACUACAAGUUUUGGCAGGAGCUAGUCCAGAUAUAUUAGCAUUUGAAACAAUUCCCAGCAGACUUGAAACUCAGGCUAUUGUUGAGUUGCUUGAGGAAGAAAAUGUCCACAUUCCUUCAUGGAUCUGCUUUAGCUCUGUUGAUGGUAAGCACGCCUCAUCAGGAGAAUGCUUCGAAGAAUGUCUGAAUGUUAUAAAUAAGAGUACCAAGGUUGCGAUUGUAGGAAUAAACUGUGCACCACCACUCUAUGUUGAUGGUCUAAUUCGCAAAUUUAAGAAGUUGACAGACAAGUUGAUAGCAGUUUAUCCAAACAGUGGCGAGAUAUGGGAUGGCAAAGCAAAGAUAUGGCUGCCACCCCAAUGUUCAAAGGACAGUGAUUUUGGAUCAUUAGCUUUAAGAUGGCGCGACUCAGGUGCUAAACUUAUUGGCGGUUGUUGCAGGACAUCACCUGGAACUAUUCGGGAUAUUUCAAAAGCUAUUAAGGGGAAACCUUGAUUUUGUUUUAACCCUCAUAUUUAUACAAAUUUGAUCUUGAUUACUAAUUUAUUUACUCACCGCCAGUCCCUGUUUCGUCCCUAUAUAUUUUAAAAAUUUAUCAGGGUGAAGAUUUUUACAAGCCAAUGGUAGGUGCUUAGGUAGGGAAUACAUUGAUCUAUAAUCUUUGUCUUGUUAGUAAAUAGUGUUUUAAGUAAACUUCUUAGCCUUUA